AUGGCUCUUUUGAUCAGUGGUUUUUGUCUCCUGACAGUGACUGAGAGAACCACUAAGGCGAAGCACAUCCAGUUUGUGAGUGGUGUCUCUGUCAUCGUGUACUGGCUUUCUGCCCUAUUGUGGGAUUUCAUCAUCUUCUUUGCUUCCUGCUGCUUAGUAAUGGGAGUGAUAAAAUACCGCAAAUUUGAUAUUUAUGUCACGGAUUACCACAUUCUGGAAACUAUGCUGAUCUUCAUGCUGUAUGGCUGGUCUGCCAUUCCCUUUGUGUACCUGAUAAGCUUCAUGUUUUCUGGAAGUACUUCUGCCUACAUCAAACUUCUCCUACUCAGCUACUUUUCAGGCACUUUUGGUUUCCUCAUAGGCGAGAUAAUAGAAAACAAAAAGCUAACCAGCAUCUCAAACACCACCAGAACCGUUGUACGUAAUUCAUUGCUGUUCCUUCCCAAUUACAACCUUGCAAAGUGCGUUAGUCAGUAUACAACUAUCUACGAGAUGAAGAUAUUAUGCACCACCUUAAAGAAGCAUCCUAUCUACCUAAAUUGUAGCAAAGAAAAUACUGAGAAGAAUAUUUAUUCUUUGGAAGAGCCUAUGAUUGGAAAGUAUUUGAUUGGCAUGAGUACUGCAGGCUUUAUUUUCCUUCUGUUGAUUUUCUUUUGGGAGACUACUUCAUGGAGACUAAGAACAUUCCUCAAUCAAUACAUUUACUUUGGUAUCUACAAGCGAUACAGGAAAGAUAUAGUGUCCAAGGAAUUAUCUGGGCAAUCUGAAGAUGAAGAUGUACAAAACGAAAGAAAGAGAAUCCUGGAGCAGCCUCAGGAGUUGCUGGAUUCUAUAGUACUUAUUAAAGAACUCAUAAAGAUAUAUUUUAAGUGCCCAGCCAUUCUGGCUGUAAAAAAUAUCUCCCUUGCAAUCCAAAAGGGGGAGUGCUUUGGAUUGCUUGGAUUCAAUGGAGCUGGAAAAACAACUACUUUCCAAAUUUUGACUGGGGAAGCCAGGCCUACCUCUGGAGAUGUGUUGAUUGAUGGCUUUAGCAUCACAAAAGAUAUCCUACAGGUGAGGUCAAGAAUUGGCUACUGUCCUCAAUUUGAUGCCUUGCUGGAAUAUAUGACUGCUCAGGAAAUAAUGAUUAUGUAUGCCAGAAUAUGGGGAGUCUCUGAGCCCCAGAUUGAGCUGUAUGUGAACAAAUGGUUGAAUUCACUGGAACUGGAGUCUCAUGCUGACAGGCUUAUCAACACCUACAGUGAAGGAAACAAACGUAGGCUGAAUACUGCUAUUGCCCUAAUGGGAAGGUCUUCAGUCAUUUUCCUGGAUGAGCCAUCAACUGGCAUGGACCCAGUAGCCCGACGCCUGCUCUGGAACACAGUGACAAAGACACGCGAAAGUGGAAAAGCCAUCGUUAUAACCUCCCACAGUAUGGAGGAAUGUGAUGCCCUCUGUACCAGUCUAGCCAUCAUGGUGCAAGGGAAGUUGAUGUGCUUGGGCAGCCCUCAGCAUCUCAAGAACAAGUUUGGCAACAUUUACAUCCUGAAGGUCAAGGUCAAGACUAAAGAUAAAUUAGAGGAUUUUAAACGUUUUGUUACAACAACAUUUCCAGGUAGUGUCUUAAAACAUGAGAAUCAAGGAAUCCUUAACUACUACAUUCCUAGCAAGGACAAUCGCUGGGGAAAGGUGUUUGGCAUUUUGGAGCAAGCUAAAGAGCAAUUUGAUUUAGAAGACUAUUCCGUCAGUCAGAUCACACUGGAACAAGUCUUCCUGACCUUUGCUAACCCAGAGAAAGUAUCCAGUGAUGAUGAAAAUGAGGUGCCAUGA